AUGGAGCCAAUGUCGGGCGUAAAACAUAUUCACACUACCGACGAUGAAGAAAGUGAUAAAUCUAGCGGCAGUAUAAGCGACGAAGAUGACACUUAUGCGUAUGCUGAGGGAGAAAUAAUGGGUUUACAACCUUACCAGUUCGAGCCUGUCCUAGAGAUUGUGGCUGCCUCGGAAAGUGAUGAUAGCGGCGAUGAAAGUAGCGAAUAUGAAGAAGAUGAAAAUAGAUUGGCUCAGACUGGUAAGCUGUGUACCUGUGAACAUUGUCAAAUCAUGGACCGUCCUGAAGAAUGCGUAUGCUGUCAUGAAGUAGCUGAGGUUAUGAACAAAAACGACGAAGUUUUUGAGACAGACAAGCUAGAGAGUAAACCUAAUUGUAUAACUGACAAUCCUGCAUUUGCAUCUGUUUGUUUGAAUCCAUGGGUUCUUCAAGUUGCCUGGUAUCAUUACAAGCAGCAGUAUGGAACAACAGCAACUGAAGGUCCAGGACAUAAAAGGAACAGACAUGUUGCUUAUCGACAGUUUGUUAGGUGGUGUUGGGGUACCUUGGGGAAGGAAAUUAGAGUACCUUUGCCAUCAUGUGCAGUUAGCUGUAUAAGAGCACAUUUCUGUCCCCCUGGCUUAGAAGAAUUUUUCGAGUUUGAAGGUUUUCAUUUUGCUGAUGAAUGA